AUGUCAUUCCUGCAGGGCCUUCGACAGAUUGUCUAUCAGGCGCUGGGAUCCUGUCCUUUUACAGAUGAGCCUGUCGAGCAAGACCUCGUCGAUGAAAAGCCCGCCAUGCCGAACUCUGAUCGCAAACGGGUCUGGAAGGUCUUGCGUGUGCUGGAUCUUUUCCUGAGAACGUCCCUGGGACAACAAUCUUCCACCACCGAAACGCGCGACACGCUGUCCCAGAAAGAGUACUCUGUCUCCACAGAUCUCUGCUACAUCUUUGAGAAGAUCCUGUCUGAGAUAUACUCCAAGCAGAACGUGGAUCCGAGAGUGUUACAGCACGUCAGCAAGCAUCACCGGGAAUGGGCCGCCCAUUUCCACGAGGGUCUUCGCGUUGAUCGCAUCCCCUGUGAGGAAUAUUUUGGCGGAGAGCGUAGACCUAAAAGUCCCAAUAUCGUCUUAACUUUAACCUCAACCUCAGCUACUGAGGAUGGUACUCUCCUGGCGCAUGCCUCGGUGAACUCCGCUGUCCUCAACAUUAAUCUGCUACAGGGCCUGCUGCGCGCAGAUGAGAUUCCAAAGCGGCUCCCCUUUGUCAUGAAUUCCGUCUUCGUCUCCGCCCUCGUCCUGGGUACGGGCUUUUUCGCAGAUCUGGAACGCUUGUUUCCACUGGGUGAGACUCUUCUCAGAGCAUAUCAGCUGCUGGAGUGCUUCCAGUCUCCCGACGAAUUGGCGAAAUGGAGUGUCGGGAUAGUGCGGAGCCUUCGUGAAGCCUGCAGCAAACUCGUGAACCGUCGGCACGAACGUUUGCUGAAACGUCAGAGAUGCUUGGUUAGGGUUUAUUCGGCGAUAUCAAAUCUUGUUUUAGCGAGAAGGGUCGGUCUCUGCCUCCCCCGCGGACUGAAGAGUCUGGUUCUGAAAAUGAUAAUGGAGAUGACGGCCUGA